GGCACCUUCUGGAUAGACUUGUGCAUGCCUUUUGGACUGGCGAGUUUCCCAGGCAUCUGGGGUAGAGUUGCCGAUUGUAUGGCCACGGUUCACUCAGUGUACGGAGUCGCGGCCAUAAAGAAGUGGGUUGACAAUUUUGCUUUCCUUUGUCUCCCGUCCGGCAUGACCUAA